UAUCUAUUCAAAAUUUAUGUAAGUUAACUUUGGCUAAAUUUUAUAUUAGGAUACUAUAUUAAUGGCUCGUACAAUAUAAUCGCCAACAAUUGUUUCAAUUUGUUAAUCCGAAUGAAGUAGCCACUCGUUUUACAUCGCUUGAUGCACAUGUCUCUUCUUUGUAUAGACGUAUCAAAAAAAUGUCAAAUAAUCAGCAGUACAUGGUCACUCCUUUGAUUGAUGGUGAGCAUUGGAUGUUGAUAUUAUUAGUGCCCGACUCUUAUUGGUUAUGUUUCAUGGAUCCUAAAAACUCACACUUGAGUAAUCGACCUGAUAUUAGAGAGACGGUCACAUUGGCAUUUCAAACUUACUACAGGGCGAUAAGGAAAGAAAUUCCACCGAAGCUAAAAGUUCGACGCCCAACUUUAAGUGAUGCAAAUUAUACAGAAGAAGAAAUUGAUGAAGUGAAAGAGCAUUGGGCAAGUGAGAUGUUAUCGGUUAUUCAAGCUUACCGACGUUAGUUGUUUUUUUUUAUUUUAAUAGACUAAUGGGCAAGUGAUAUGUUAUCAGUUAUUUAGUUGUUUUUUGUUUUAAUAGACCAAUAGUUAUUAUAUAAUUUUAUAGUUAUGGAUUUAUUGGUAUAAUGAACUAAUAUGUAAUAUUUAUUAGUUGUGUUAACGUGAAUUAUUAUAAUAGUCUAAUUUAUAUAAAUUUUACAUUUAGUCAAUAAAAAUUAUUAUUGUUAUAUUUAAUUGUAUUUGUAUAUAAUUAAUAUAAAUUAUUAUUUAUAAUAUAUCAAAUUUGAAUUAAAAUAAUUAAUUAUUAUAUUUUUAAAAAAAUAUAUAUAUAAUGUAGUGGCACUUUUGGUGUGUCACUAUAUCUCUAAAAAUAUUAAUAAAAAAGAAAAAAAAACAAUAGGAUAUAGUGACACUCCAUGUAAGUGGCUGUUGCUUUUCUAGUCUGACAAAACAUGAGACUGUACCCCUAUAGUGACGCGCAGACACUGAGGGCAAAAGCAUUCAGUGACACGUUUGGAGCGUCACUAAAAACUGCUUUUCCAGUCAGCCUCAUUAGUGACGCGCGUUGAAGUGUCACUAUAGACUUUUAGAGUUACGCAAUGUGUGUCACUAAAACCCAAUUUUCUA